GCAUGUUCUCGUUUUCCUUUCUGUGUGCCCUGGCUGCAGGGGUAGUGGAGACCUCUGCUGUGAUUACUGAUUGCUUUAUAAACACUACUGGGGUGUUGGGGUCAUCGCCUGGCCAAUGGCCAGGACCUCCUCCAACACCCUGCCUGCCCUUAGGGCUCUUGAGAGGCUCGGCCAAGCAGAGACUUGCCCUCUGAGAGCAAGCUGAGCUCCGUGGACCCGAUGUCACGGGUUAGGGUUAGGGAGUCGUUCUGGGAGUCUGCUCUCCUGUUGGUACGCCUCUGCAGAGUUCGUUUUGCUCGAAGAAGCAGCCCGGGUUGAGGGUGAGUGGUUGUUUCUCCUGUGUCUUUGGCUCUGUGAUUUCUUGGCUGAGCUGAUUAUUUCUCACUGUCUGAAUCGGAGCUGUGGUCUGUGGUCUGUGGCCUGGACGUGGUCCAAGCCGAGGUUUCUACAUCGACCUCCAGGGGAGUCUGCCGCGGCCCGUCUUGUCAAACUGGAAAUACUCUCGUGAUCCAGAUCGAGACGAGGAGACACAGCCCUGUUGUCUCAUGCUUUGUGGGAGGAGUUGGAGUUUCCUUCUUAAACUGGGUUUACUUUGCAGUCGUGUUGUGACUUUUUAAUGGAGUCCCUUCUGGUUAGGAUAUCUAGGAUGGUGGGUUGCCCGGGAUUCCAGUUGAUUCCCAGCCGCUUUUCGAGUCCUGCUUUUCCUGGCACAGCAUGCUUGAGACCAGAAUUAAAAAAAAGUUUAUCAACCUCGACCUCUGAGCUUUCAUAUUAAGCACGUUCUAAUUCUGAAUCAAUUUGCACAUUGAUCACCUUUCCCAGGCUUUGGAAUUCCUGCUUUGAUAACAACACGCACAGUAGACUCGAUUCGAUUAACGAUGGCUGGGAUCCGAGAGACGGCCCAGGAUGUUUUGCUGAAACACCUGUAUGACCUGGGCGAGAAGGAGCUGAAGAGGUUCUGCUGCAAGCUGAGCGAGGUGGAGCACGGUGGGCGUUGCGUACGCUCCGGACAGCUGGAGAGGGCCGACCACAUCGACACCGCCAAGCUGAUGAUCUCCACCUUCGGGGAGCAGGCCGUGAGCCUGGCUGUGGACAUCCUGAGGGCCAUCAGCUACUGCCAGGUGGCCACACAGCUGCAGAGCAGCUGGGCAGGGCAUCAAGGCGCAUGCAGGAGGGAGAGAGAAGAGUACGUGUCGAGAUACAAGGAGGUUAUAAAGAUGAAGUACGAAUGGGUCCAGGACAACGCCGCCGGAGACCUGGACUUCAGCAGCUUCAGGAAGCUCUACACGGACCUGCGCAUCCUGAGGAAAGGGGCGGGCGGGGGCAGGCGGGGCAAGCGGCUGGUGCGGCAGAACACGCUGGACAACGAGUGCGCCAGCCUGGGGAGCCUCCUGGUCCCGGGCAAGCCUCAGAUCCUGGUCCUGCUCGGGAUAGCCGGGAUCGGGAAGACCUACACCGUCCGGAAGAUCAUGCUGGACUGGGCCUCGGGAGAGCUGUACAACCAGUUUGAUUACGUCUUCCACCUGGAUUGUAAAAGCCUCUGCAACGUGUUGGAGGAGAGCACCGUGCUGGACUUGAUCUUUGAGAGCUGUCCAGAGCUCCGACAGGUCCCUGGGGAAGUCAUUGGGAGCACCGAACGGGUCCUGGUCCUGAUUGACGGCCUGGACGCUGUGGAUCUGCCGCCAGACUCCGGGCCCUGGAAGGAUGGGCUCGGCACAGCCAGGCUGCCCGUGCCCAGGCUGCUGCUCGGCUUGCUGAAGAGGAGGCUGUGCUCCCACUGGUCCUUGCUGGUGACAGUUCGCCCAACGGUGGUGGAGCAAAUCAUGACAUGCAACCUUGCGUGCCAGUGGGCAGAAAUCCUCGGAUUCCCCAAGGAGAGGAUAGAUGACUACUUCCAGAGGUAUUUUGAGGAGCCCGAAACUGCUGCUGAGGCUGUGCAGCACGUGAGAAGUAACGAAGUCCUGCUGGAGAUGUGUGUGACUCCCCUCAUCUGCUGGGUGGUCUGUGUGCUGCUGGAUUCUGAGGAGAGGCCAAGAGACUCCAUGACUUACAUCUUAGUGAACUACAUCUACACCCUUCUGAAGCACCACCAUACAGACUCAGUGAGCGACAAAGAGAUGCUUCAAAAACUCUGCCUCCUGGCCAGGACGGGCGUUGAACAACGAAAGUCUUGCUUUCGCAUGCAGGAGCUGCCUGUAGAGCUAGCGGGCAUGCCUAAGCUGCCCGACAGCUUCGUCAUGAGAAUUCUGACGCAGCAGGGGGUCACCAAGAGGUCGGAGUACUCCUUCACCCUGCCCGCUCUGCAGGAGGUGCUGGCGGCCAUCAGCUUCGCCGGCGACGCCACCGGAGACCAGCUGGACGAGCUCCUGUCGAACGCCCUCCUCCCGGAGAACGGGCACCUCCGGGUUGUCGUCCAGCACCUCCACGGGCUGCUCCACGAAGAGAACUGGGAUCUCCUCGAGAGCUUCGGCCUGCAUCUGGGCUCCCGCCUGCGGGCUCGGCUCGCGCACUGGACGGGCGAGGCGCUGAAGGUGUGUCGAUGCCGGCCGGAGGACAGCUACUUCCUCCUGGACCUCAUGCUGUGCCUGUUCGAGCGGCGGGAGGAGGCGUUCGCCAGGGACGCCCUGCGCCAGCUGCCCGAGAUCACUCUCCAGUGCAUCGUGCUGGAAGGGAGGCACUUCCUGGUGCUGCGCUACUGCCUCCAGCACUGCAGGCCCAAGCUCGUGCUGCGCAACUGCAGCCUGAGGAGCCAGGAGGCCAGGAAGCUGCUCCCCCUGGUGGACAGGUGUGAAAGCUUCAGCAUCCAGAUGUCGGAGAUAAGCGAGGCGUCUAUGAGGGAGCUGAGUGGGCGUUUUGCGAAGAUGCACCAGCUGGGAUACCUGGAGUUGACCUCGAGCCCGAACAGCGACGCCCUGGAUUUAACCUGUUCGACAGAGAGCGCAGCGGGCGACACCACUCUUCUUCCGAGUGUGAGGAUCGAGGGCGUUCCCAGGGCCCAGACCUGCCUGCGCUGGUUCCUACAGGACUGUGGGUUCUGCCCCAGGACGCUGUACUUCCAUGACCAGAAGGAGGAGGAGGAGGUGCAGGGGAUGUUGGAAGUCUUGCAGGAGACGGACUGUCAGCUCCAGUGUGUCAGUGUGAAGCGCUGCUGUCUCUCGGAGCGCAGUGUUCGAGCCCUGCUGGCCCUGCUGGAGAGCAGACCUGCCAUCACCACCUUGGACCUGGAAGGGAGUGGCCUGGGAGAGGCGGGGCUGCGGCUUCUCUGUGAUAGGCUGGGGGACAUGGGGGGCGGCGGCCUGCAGUCACUGGGGCUGAUGGACACCGGCUUGACAGCCGCCAGUGUCCCCGCCGUCUGCUCCCUCCUGAGGAAGACGGCGGUCAGCGCCCUGAGUCUGGGAGACAACCCCCUGGGGGACGAGGGGGUGAGGCUGCUGUGUGAGGCCCUUGGGGACCCCAGCUGCCAGCUGCAGAGGCUCUCCCUGGUGAGGUGCGUGCUGAGUGACGGCGCCCUGCCUCACCUGCAGGUGGCGCUGGAGGGCACCCGGACCCUGACAGAGCUGCGGCUGGGCGGUAACGACUGGCCGGAGUCCUGCGCGGAGGCGCUGCGGUGCUUGUGGACGUCCUGCCGCGGCCUCAAGUACCUGGAGGGUCCUGAGUGUGGUGCAUGGCGUGUUCCUAUCCAGAGCAGCGGUGUGGAUACGGAGGCAGGGCAGCUUUGUUGGAUGGUGUACCGGCUGUGGUGCAGAGGGAUCCGGGCAGGACAGCUCUGGCUCCGGUCUCGGGUGCACUCGUGGGCAGGGUGCUCGCUCGGACUGCUCGGUACACUCCCUGCUGUGUGACUGGGUUUGUGGGCGACUUGGGUUUUCCUCUCGGCUGCCUGAAGGGAAUGGGGUGCAGAGUCUGUGCGCUGCCAGCAGAGCUGAAAGAGGACAUCAUGGCUCCCUCCCUCGGCUGGCUGGGUUUUUAAAGACGCUGACCCUUCCUGGUGCAGAUCGGAGGGUCAUCCCGGUGGUCCUGCUGUCCUGCCAGGGGACAGUGACCAGUGCUGUGCGGAGAGGCCCUGUGCUCUUCAGCUGCAGAUGAGAAAAUGACACUUUGCAGAUCAACGCAGGCCGCGCCUUGUGGGUUUCAUAACCUGAAACUGGAUUUUCUUUCUGUGCUAAUAUUCUUUUUUACAAAUUUGUUAUAAAAUAAUACAUUUACAAUGUA